AUGCGAGCUUUCCUUUGGUCUAUUGCGCAAAAUGCCCUCUCCGUAGGAGCGAACCUGCAAAAAAGAGGAUUGCUUUCAGCAGCUUCCUGUCCGAGAUGCCAAGACAUUGAAACCAAUACACAUACCUUCUUCACUUGCCCUUUUGAGAUUAAGGUCUGGAGUUGUGUUCCAUUACGUCAAGAAGUUCACAUAGCUGUAGACUCAACUUUCAAAGAGGCAGUAAUCAAAUUUCGAUCAGCAAUCUGCUUUCCAACCUCAAGUAUCGCCUUCAACGUCCUCCCGUGGAUCUGUUGGGCCAUUUGGACAGCAAGGAAUACUCUAAUUUUUGAGGAUAAAGCAAUCACACCGGAGAAAACUGCGCUAAAGAAACUAAGAUUAGCAAAAGAAUGGUCAUUAGUGCAAGGGAACAACAGGAAAUCAAGCUUAUCACCUGCAUGUGCUCGGAUCUCUCCGAGACAAUCAUCGAGAAGAACAGAGGAAGCCGGAUCGACCACUUGCAAGACACACGGUGCUUGGAACUCAGACACGAAGACGGCAGGCUUAGGGUGGAGCUUCUCAUGUCCACCUCUGACAUCUCCUUAUCUGGGAUCAGAGGUUCAAACUUCGUCAAAUCACCACUCAUAG